UUACUUUUUUUUAUUCUUUUUGAAAAGCUUCCCCUUCGGUCUCUCUCCAAUAUUAUUCUCGCACAAUUGGUUCCUGGUUCGAUUUGGUUGUUUGCUUCCCAGUUCUUUCUUGCUCCUGUUUCUUGAAGAACUUUUCUUUCCUUGGAUCCGCUUCGCCGCCGUCUCCAUUCCCGCUUCUCGCCGGCGUUUCUUUCUUUCAGGAAAUCUGAGGAGGAGCCGCGAUGCGGCCGGGCGCCGGGGACGAGCGGCCGGCGGCGCCGGCGCCGGGGUCUUACGCGCUGUACCACUUUGGAAUCAGCGGCUCCGCCGUCGCCGCUGCCACCGCCGCCACCCACCCGCUCGGUCAGCUACCUGCUAUUCCUCUCAUAUCGAAUGUUAUCAAAGUUAGGCUUCAAAUGCAGCUUGCUGGGCAAAGAGGAAGCUUAGUUGGAAUGGGAACAAUAUUUACACAACUGGUCGAAAGGGAAGGGCCUCGGUCACUCUACCUGGGACUUGCACCAGCUUUGACAAGAUCUGUUGUCUAUGGUGGCCUUCGGUUAGGACUGUAUGAGCCCUGCAAACAUGUCUGCAGUUACACAUUUGGUUCAACAAACUUUGCUUUUAAAUUUGCAUCUGGAGUCAUUGCUGGUGCCCUUGCAACUGCUUUAACAAAUCCCAUGGAGGUUUUAAAGGUGAGGCUGCAGAUGAGUACAAGCAGUACCGGUACAAUAGGAGAGAUGAGGAAAGUUUUAGCACAGGAAGGGCUCAAAGCACUUUGGAAAGGAGUUGGUCCAGCAAUGGCAAGAGCAGGCUGCCUCACUGCAUCACAAAUGGCAACCUACGAUGAGUCCAAGCAGGCAUUAAUGAAGUGGACACCUCUUGAAGAAGGUUUUCAACUACAUCUCAUCUCGAGUUGCAUAGCUGGAACAGCUGGUACUCUUGCUACCGCACCUGUAGAUAUGGUCAAAACACGGCUAAUGCUGCAACGGGAGACCAAAGGUGCCAGAGUAUACAGGAACGGGUUCCAUUGUGCUUACCAGGUUGUGGUGACAGAGGGCGUAAAAUCGCUUUAUAAAGGUGGAUUUGCCACCUUUGCAAGAUUAGGCCCUCAGACAACGAUCACCUUCAUCGUGUGUGAGAAACUGCGUGAACUAGCAGGGAUGACUGCUAUCUAAUACCACCUAAAAUUGCAUAUUCUUUGGUCCAACAGUUGGACGACAUCCUCUGGUUGUGAGUUUUUAGAGGGAGAAGAUAAGCACACAUAGGGCGUUUCAGGCUUGGGAAGUCCAAACUCCUUCCAGAUUUAUAUUACUUCAUUAUAAAUUUUGAAAUGGUGUGAAUUCUACAUAUAUGGGUAUAUUUUAUAUACCUGACGCUUCUUUUUACCAAGAAGAAAUUGUCACACAGCAUAUGAACGGAGAAUGUUCUUCUGUGUU